AGUUUGCCGCCCUCCUCUUCCGGGGUGGGGGAAGUGCGCCUCGGGGCGGUUGGUCGCUGGGGCCCUAACUCGGCGUCUAGUGCCAGCCAAGCUUGGGCAGGUUGUUGGAGGCAUAUUUAGUGGGGUCUUGGAACAGCCCGGAAAUCCAGCUUUUUGGAACGUGGGGCGAGACGGGAGGGACCUGCCCAGCAAUAUGGAGCCGGCUGGGGAAAGCCAGGGAGCGUGCAACCCGGAGCUAAAAUAUCGUGGGCAAUUCUCUGGAAACCACAGCUCUUACACUAGUGAACUCUAACCACAGCUCUAACCUAAGCUCAGAAACUGCCCCCCAGAUCACAAGACAAAGAGAACAGAAAACCUCUGGCCAGGCACUCCUGUACAGAAAUACACUUUGGGAACCAGAAUUGGAGCCUGAACUGCAAGGGUAUACGCAGAAUGGCUGUUACAUGUUGAAUGCAGAAUGUAUGUCAACUGGAUUUGGGGGAAUUCUUCUGUUUCCCGGGGCGCUAUUAAUACCGGAAAGGUCUCACUUCCACCGUUAAUCCCUUGAGCUGCAGCGCUGUUGAUGUCUGCUCUUUAUUUGGGGGCUUCAUGAUUUUAGGUUUUUUUUUCUGUUCUUUUCCUCUUUGUCAGUCAGUGCGAAGUACCAGUGGAUAAAGCAGUUCCGGGUUUUGAAUGCAACAUAAGAUUGUCAUUUUGGUGUGAUGAGGCUCAAGAUUUAGUAAUCAGGCGGGAUAUUCACAGAGCUUAUUGGUCAAGGCUUGAUGUGGAGUUAUAUUUUAAUACUUCAUUAGUUCUGUUACGUUUUGGCAAUCUUAAAGAUGGUUAGAUAUUAGGUAGGAAGGGUUGGAAUAGGCAGAUAGGUUCAUUUCUUAAGCAGGCUAUUAGAGUAUUAGAUCGUCACAGUUUGAAUUACUAGGAAUUUGGUGACUUCUGCACAGAAGGCCACAAGUAUCUUUUAACAUUGAAAAGGAAGAAAAAGCAACUCACUAGCUAUAACUUUUUGACAGAUUACACUGUUCUUGAAAAACAGUUUAGAAGCAAGCAGAUAAUAGUUUUCUUAGGUGCAAAAGUUGAGUAAACUUUGGGAAGCAAAUGUUUCUGACCAGUAUAAAGAAAAUAAGAGUAAUGUGGGGUGUGUGUGUGUGUGUGUGUGUGUGUGUAUGUGGGUGUGCGCGUGCAUGCGUGCGUGCGUGCGCGCGCACGGCUAAAGUUUGGGAAGAAAUGUUGGUUCAGAGUAAAGGUUUAAGUUGGAAAGGCCAGAGGAUGAGGCUCCCUGCCUUGCACAACUGCUGGGUAAUGUCACUGCUUGCCUCUUCAGCUUUUAUAUGCAGGUCAUACUGCUUUUUCCAGAGAAGUGUAUAUAGAUUUUUAUGAUUGGAAGAAAGUUUAAUGUAUCUGAUACUGGCUUGCAAAGUGUAAUGUGCAUUUACUUUUAACUUUCAUCUUGACUUGGGACCUGUUCUUAGUUGCAUAACAGAACUCUGCAGUGUACACACUACUAUCUGAUGUUUUAUCUGCUUUUUUAAAUCUGCUUUUUAAAAAUGAGUCUUUUCAUAUCCAUGAUGCUGUAUAGUCAGUAUAAAAAGCAUUUUAUUUCCCACUUAUUAAAUGUUUUUUCUUUAGCAAUUUUUUGAGUUUAAAUGUACUAAGCGCAGGAAAUCCUCACAGAAUAAAGUUAGUUUUGGGAAACAGAAGUGGAACAAUAAGUCAUGGGAAUACGUAUUUUGAUUAUUGACAGUGAUGAUGGUGAUAUGCGUUUAUCUUCUGGUAAUGUCAGUUUCACCUAAAAUGAUUUUUGAAGGACUUUGAAUUGUAAAUGCAAACCUACUCAAACUAACCAAAAUUUUGUACCAUUAAAAGUGUUGGCCAUUUCGUUACAUUUUUCCAUGAAUGUCAUGUAAUUUUUAGGUUGAUAUGUUGAUUGAAAUUUCCUUUUUUCUCUUAGGUCGUUCAGGGGAGUAUUGUCAAAAGACAGCCAGUCUGAAAGAUUGUUCACAUAAUCAUUAAAAUAGGAACAAUUCUAGUUCAGCUUUUAUUGUGUUUGCAUUUUGUGAUUUGCAAAAUGCUUGUUUUAUUGAAUAAAGAGAUGGUGAAUGAGCAGGCUGAAAAAAAAUUGAUUUUUGUGCUCAAGUAGAAUAUAGCCAGUUGAGAUAAUGUUUGUGUUGGGUUUUAGAAUUCUGUCACGUCAAGGCAUACACAAUGCAGAUGAUAUUGUAUAUUUCAUAUGGGCUCCUCCAGCUCUCCCUCUUGAAGGGCACAGGGUUUGCAAGUGAAGGUAAGAGAAUGAAGCAUUUUAAUGAAGCCCUGGAAGCCUAGAAAGUUAGUUAUCAGUGGAAGGAAUUAUCAAGUUAGUUUUUACUUUAGAAAGCAGAAUAUAAAUUAUAUCACAGCUUUUUAUCAAAAACCUAGGUUGUAAUUAAUUUUCAAAGUAUUCAUGUCAUUUACUGCAUUUUCCCAUGCCUCCUUUACAUACACCCUAAUGUGAUUACUUGCCAUGAUUCUACCAAUACUUGUAUGGAGUUACUUGCCUAAAAGACUAGCAAUUAAUGACCAUUUCAUGUACAGUAAGCCACAUGAGCUGAAAAAAUAGACUAUAUAAUUACUUAUAAACUUGUCUGUUUGGCAUUUAUUUAUUUAGGUGUUAGGUGUUUGUUUAUUUGAAAGACUGGAGUGAUUGUGGUAUAGCAUUACUAGAAAAAAAAGUCUACAGUAGAAACAUCUUUGGAGAUUUUAUUCUGCUCACAUUGUUUUCCUUAAAGUAAAUCAAAUACAUAUCCACAGGCACCUGUAGUCAAAAUAGUUGUCAGGUUAAUGAUCAUCCAACAGAGUACUGAAGUCACAGGAGUCUGGCCAAAGUGUGAGGAGACUCCACCAGUGGGUGCAGUGAGAUAAUAAAGCCAAGGCAUCUGGGCCAGCCAUUCCUUGCCUGUUGUCUUCCUCCCUGGAUGUCCCAGUGUCCCAGCCUGGGGUUCUGCCCCAGGAUCAAGGGCCGUACCAUGAGCUACUUAUCUCUACAUCCUGGGGAUGCGCACACAUGGACACAUCCCUUGGCCUCUCCCAGGCCUCCUUUGUCCUGACCUCUGCGGAGCCGUCCUCUACCCCAGGUGAAGCUCGUGUGUGGAGUGCCACGGUACAAUCAGACGACAGAUGGACAGUGUGACAAAAGUGUCAGAAAGGAUUGGGCCUCGCUGUGAGAGUCAGCCUGGAUUCAAAGUGUUGACAAGUUGCUGAAAAGGAAGCCAGUGGGAGGACUGUGGCACGCAGAGGAAGUGGAGCCCUGUCUUCGGUCACACCAUUGAUGGAGGACAGAUGGACAGCCGUAUGGCCAGUCACCUCUCCUCUUAAACCUUUGGAGAGUGGUCCUUUGUCCUCUGCUGGACACAUAAUAGGAAUUCUAACACACUGUCUGAAUUCACUUUUCAUAAAAACGUAAAAUCAGACUGCUUUGUACAGCCAGGCUCAACUGUUGCAUGGUAGCAGAUUUGCAAACAUGAGUGCUGAGGGGUACCAGUACAGGGCGCUGUAUGAUUAUAAAAAAGAAAGAGAAGAAGAUAUUGACUUGCACUUGGGUGACAUAUUGACUGUGAAUAAAGGGUCCUUAGUAGCUCUUGGAUUCAGUGAUGGACAGGAAGCCAGGCCUGAAGAAAUUGGCUGGUUAAAUGGCUAUAAUGAAACCACAGGGGAAAGGGGGGACUUUCCGGGAACUUAUGUAGAAUAUAUUGGAAGGAAAAAAAUCUCGCCUCCCACGCCAAAGCCCCGGCCGCCUCGGCCUCUUCCUGUUGCACCAGGUUCUUCGAAAACUGAAGCAGAUGUUGAACAACAAGCUUUCGCUCUCCCGGAUCUUGCAGAGCAGUUUGCCCCUCCUGACGUUGCCCCGCCUCUUCUUAUCAAGCUCGUGGAAGCCAUUGAAAAGAAAGGUCUGGAAUGUUCAACUCUAUACAGAACACAGAGCUCCGGCAACCUGGCGGAAUUACGACAGCUUCUUGAUUGUGAUACAGCCUCUGUGGACUUGGAAAUGAUUGAUGUGCACAUUUUGGCCGACGCUUUCAAACGCUAUCUCCUGGACUUACCAAAUCCUGUCAUUCCAGCAGCCGUUUACAGUGAAAUGAUUUCUUUAGCUCAAGAAGUACAAAGCUCCGAAGAAUAUAUUCAGCUACUGAAGAAGCUUAUUAGGUCGCCUAGCAUACCUCAUCAGUAUUGGCUUACGCUUCAGUAUUUGUUAAAACAUUUCUUCAAGCUCUCUCAAACCUCCAGCAAAAAUCUGUUGAAUGCAAGAGUACUCUCUGAAAUUUUCAGCCCUAUGCUUUUCAGAUUCUCAGCAGCCAGCUCUGAUAAUACUGAAAACCUCAUAAAAGUUAUAGAAAUUUUAAUCUCAACUGAAUGGAAUGAACGACAGCCUGCACCAGCACUGCCUCCUAAACCACCAAAACCCACUACUGUAGCCAACAACGGUAUGAAUAACAAUAUGUCCUUACAAGAUGCUGAAUGGUACUGGGGAGAUAUCUCGAGGGAAGAAGUGAAUGAAAAACUUCGAGAUACAGCAGAUGGGACCUUUUUGGUACGAGAUGCGUCUACUAAAAUGCAUGGUGAUUAUACUCUUACACUAAGGAAAGGGGGAAAUAACAAAUUAAUCAAAAUAUUUCAUCGAGAUGGGAAAUAUGGCUUCUCUGACCCAUUAACCUUCAAUUCUGUGGUUGAAUUAAUAAACCACUACCGGAAUGAAUCUCUAGCUCAGUAUAAUCCCAAGCUGGAUGUGAAAUUACUUUAUCCAGUAUCCAAAUACCAACAGGAUCAAGUUGUCAAAGAAGAUAAUAUUGAAGCUGUAGGGAAAAAAUUACAUGAAUAUAACACUCAGUUUCAAGAAAAAAGUAGAGAAUAUGAUAGAUUAUAUGAAGAAUAUACCCGUACAUCCCAGGAAAUCCAAAUGAAAAGGACAGCUAUUGAAGCAUUUAAUGAAACCAUAAAAAUAUUUGAAGAACAGUGCCAGACCCAGGAGCGCUACAGCAAAGAAUACAUAGAAAAGUUUAAACGUGAGGGCAAUGAGAAAGAAAUACAAAGGAUUAUGCAUAAUUAUGAUAAGUUGAAGUCUCGAAUCAGUGAAAUUAUUGACAGUAGAAGAAGAUUGGAAGAAGACUUGAAGAAGCAGGCAGCUGAGUAUCGAGAAAUUGACAAACGUAUGAACAGCAUUAAACCAGACCUUAUCCAGCUGAGAAAGACGAGAGACCAAUACUUGAUGUGGUUGACUCAAAAAGGUGUUCGGCAAAAGAAGUUGAACGAGUGGUUGGGCAAUGAAAACACUGAAGACCAAUAUUCGCUGGUGGAAGAUGAUGAAGAUUUACCCCAUCAUGAUGAGAAGACGUGGAAUGUUGGAAGCAGCAACCGAAACAAAGCUGAAAACCUGUUGCGAGGGAAGCGAGAUGGCACUUUUCUUGUCCGGGAGAGCAGUAAACAGGGCUGCUAUGCCUGCUCUGUAGUGGUGGACGGCGAAGUAAAGCAUUGUGUCAUAAACAAAACAGCGACUGGCUAUGGCUUUGCCGAGCCCUAUAACUUGUACAGCUCUCUGAAAGAACUGGUGCUACAUUACCAACACACCUCCCUCGUGCAGCACAACGACUCCCUCAAUGUCACACUAGCCUACCCAGUAUAUGCACAGCAGAGGCGAUGAAGCGCUCACUCUCUGAUCCUUCUCCUGAAGUUCAGCCACCCUGAGGCCUCUGGAAAGCAAAGGGCUCCUCUCCAGUCUGAUCUGUGAAUUGAGCUGCAGAAACGAAGCCAUCUGUCUUCGGAUGGGACUAGAGCUUUCUUUCACAAAAAAAGAAGUAGGGGAAGAUAUGCAGCCUAGGGCUGUAUGAUGACCACACGUUUCUAAGCUGGAGUGCUUUUCCUUUCUUUUUCUUUUUUUCUUUGGUUUAAUUUAAAGCCACAACCACAUACAACACAAAGAGAAAAAGAAAUGCAAAAAUCUCUGCGUGCAGGGACAAAGAGGCCUUUAACCAUGGUGCUUGUUAAUGCUUUCUGAAGCUUUACCAGCUGAAAGUUGGGACUGUGGAGAGCGGAGGAGAGAGAGGCAGAAGAACCCUGGCCUGAGAAGGUUGGGUCCAGCCUGGUUUAGCCUGGAUGUUGCUGUGCACGGUGGACCCAGACACAUCGCACUGUGGAUUAUUUCAUUUUCUAACAAAUGAACGAUAUGUAGCAGAAAGGCACUUCCACUCACAAGGGACGCUUUGGGAGAACGUCAGUUCGUGUAUGUUCAGAAGAAAUUCUGUCAUAGAAAGUGCCAGAAAGUGUUUAAACUUGUCAAAAAACAAAAACCCAGCAACAGAAAAAUGGAGUUUGGAAAACAGGACUUAAAAUGACAUUCAGUAUAUAAAAUAUGUACAUAAUAUUGGAUGACUAACUAUCAAAUAGAUGGAUUUGUAUCAAUACCAAAUAGCUUCUGUUUUGUUUUGCUGAAGGCUAAAUUCACAGCGCUAUGCAAUUCUUAAUUUUCAUUAAGUUGUUAUUUCAGUUUUAAAUGUACCUUCAGAAUAAGCUUCCCCACCCCAGUUUUUGUUGCUUGAAAAUAUUGUUGUCCCGGAUUUUUGUUAAUAUUCAUUUUUGUUAUCCUUUUUUAAAAGAAAUGUACAGGAUGCCAGUAAAAAAAAUGGCUUCAGAAUUAAAACUAUGAAAUAUUUUACAGUUUUUCUUGUACAGAGUACUUGGCUGUUAGCCCAAGGAUAAAAAGUUCAUAACAGAUUUUUUUGGACUGUUUUGUUGGGCAGUGCCUGAUAAGCUUCAAAGCUGCUUUAUUCAAUAAAAAAAAAGAAAAAGAUAUAUGAAUAUGACAAAGUAUUGCUGAGUCCAACAAUGUUGUUUUAAGACUCUUAAAAUACGGUACCUGGCAAUGUUUAUUUCAUAAAGAAUUGUGAACUUCUUGAAUCUAGGGAGGGGGGAAUGUAGUGAAGGGAUGUAUCAGGUCGGGUGGUGGGAGGGGGAGGCAAGGUUAUAUGCACUUUGUCUUUCUCAUGAUUUACAGAGAAGUGAAUAACUGCAAAGUGAAGUUGCUUCUUCUACUUCAGUCUUUUCUCACUUUGAUUUGCUAGUUAUCAAUUAAUGACAAUUACAAACCUACUGUAACUAACACAGUGUGACUGGCCAGGUAUUUCAGUUCUUAGGAAGGAAGUGCCAAGUUUGUUUUUGGGUUCCUGGAACAGUGCUCACCUUUGUUUAGAACACUGGUUUAAAGGGAUGAUCUCUGUCACAUUGGACUAUCCAUCACGACCAGCAAAUACUCACUCAUUUUAGGAAAAAAAAAAGCAUGAUCUGAAAAAAUACUUUUGGUGGGAUGUUGGUUACUCCUAGCUUUCCAUUUGGUUUAGAACAUAAAGCAAAUGGACACAAUCGUACUGUCACUGCUCUGGACUGUGUGGAGCUCGCUAAGGUCAUGGCCAUUGCAGAAAUCCAAGUGGCAGUCCUUCUCAUUCAUCCUAAUCAUUGUAUGUGCUUCACUACGGGGGAAAAGGAAGCAUAGUUAGCAUAAUGUUUCCCGUUCAGGGCAGGAGUGAGAGAUCUCUCUUCCUGAUUUAGAUCUGCAAAAGCUGGUAUGUUCAGUAGGAACUGUACAUGUGUUAGAAGGAAUAAAGACUAAUUAGCAACCAUAAUAUGGUCACUACCCUAAUAGACUUAAAUGACAUCUUGCAAUUUCAAAUUUCCCUUUCUCCAUAUUAGAUUUACCCACAGCUAUAUUUCUGUUUAAGUACUAGGGUGAGGAUUUUCUGUUCCUUUGUUUUUUAAUGUUGUUCCUUUUGAAAGAAUCAGUCUUGCAGCUGAGUGAAUCAUCAGUAGAAUGUAUUUUUCCUCUUUACAUAAAGCUACUCAUACUUAAGCAAAAGUCAGUCUUACAGCAAGACUGUUAGCCCUCAAACUUGACUUCACUGAUCUGACCAUCUCCCUCUCAUCGCCAGACAACUGAUGAUUUCCCUGGUUUAGUCUGUGUCUCUGCUUUAAAGUUAUUGUGAUAUCCUUCUAGAUCACACACAAGUCUAACAGUUAAUUGGUUAAUAGUUUUUAAACUAGGUUUGUGGGUUUUCUUUGGUAGCACAUGUAUGCUAUGACGUACAAAUUUUUAUUUCUAAAAUAUAAGAUCUGAGAUUGAAUAUUUUUAUUAAAAGCUACAGUUUUGUGAAUUUUGGCUUCAACAGUCUUUGCAAGAUGACGUGGUAUUUAGGCAGUUGCCUUAUUUUUGCAUCUCACAAACGUAAGUGCAGUAGAUCUUUUCACUGAACAGCAAAGUAGGAUUCAUCAUUCCAUAUGACUGAGUUACACCAGACCUAUUCUGCCCGAUGCCUUUUUGAGUGCGGUGUAGCUUGCUCACUGCAUUUGUCUUUUUAGAUAUUUUGCUAGCCGGGCACUUUGAGUUUCAUCAGACAGUCCUCCUAACAAUAGUCUGAACGGCUGAGUAUGACUAGAUACAGCAGAGGCACUCCUGAUACGUGAUUUUAUCCAUGCAUCAGUUUUUCCCACCCAGUGUAGCAUCCUAAAGAUAAAGCCAGAAGCUAAGCUGCAGUGAGGCUGUGAUAGGGCAUAGAAGUGGGAGCAUUGGGACCUCACGUUA